AUGAAAGACCAUAUACCUCAACAUGACCUUGAAGUAUGCCCCGACAGUCAAGGGGAUGCCAAGGGUCUCGGUCAAGCCUUUGACCUUGAUGAAGCCAUCCUGCGGGCUCAAGGCCGUGAGGCAGAGUUGACACGGUCCUUUUCUUGGGUUGGUGCUCUCGGUUUGGCGUUCAGUAUCGUCAAUUCCUGGUUAACCUACGCUUCCUGCUUUGGCGUAGCGUAUAGCUAUGGGGGAGGCCAGAUUGCUACCUUCAGUCCCCUUCUUUCAGCACUGACACAGUUGGUUAUGCUUCAAGGUGUUGCGGAGCUUGCAUCUGCCUUUCCUUCGUCUGGUGGACAAUAUCACUACACGUAUAUCAUUGCACCUAAGCGAUUCAAGAACUUUGCCGCCUACGUUGUGGGAAUGAUCAACGUCAUUGCUUGGUGGAUCAACACAGCCUCUGGCACUAUAUACACGGCCAUCUCUGCUUUUGGAAUCUGUAGAUUCUUGAUUCCUGGCUUUGUGGGCGCACAGUGGCAGGUUUAUCUAUGCUACCUCCUUGUUAUUCUCCUUACUUUGCUCCCUAUCUUCAUUAUCCCCCAACACCGAGUCGACACAAUGACCCAGAGCUCCAUGUUUCUAUCCAUUCUGGGAUUCUUUCUGGUCAUGAUUGUCUGCCUCGUUAUGGGCAAGGGAACAUACCGUCCCAGCAGCCUGGUCGAAUACCAGCCUAGAAGCGGCUGGGCCCCAGGGCCAGCAUGGCUUCUGGGAAUAGGGAACGGAGAAUACGCAUUCGUUGCAGCAGGAGCCUGUGUGCAUAUAUCCGAGGAGAUCCCGAAACCGAGUCGUAGGAUUCCACUCGUAAUCAAUCUAACAAUUCUCAUCGGUGUGCUCACCCUCAUGCCUUGGAUCAUUGCAAUGACAUGCGUUAUACAAGACAUCGACAGUGUGCAGAAUUCUUUCCUCCCCAGUCUGGAGCUCUUCUAUCAAGCCACGAACAGCAAGGCCGCUGCUGCUGUUCUCCAGGUGUAUCUUACUAUUUUGUACUACACGUGUGUCCCCAGCCAAUGGAUCACCAGCAGCCGAAUGACAUGGGCGUUCUCGCGCGACAACGGCCUCCCCUUCUCAACGCACUGGUCCAAGGUCGACUCGAAACGAGGUAUCCCAGUUCGAGCAACGCUACUCUCCGCCGGCUUCUGCGCCGUCUACGGCCUCCUCUACAUCGCCAGCACACAAGCAUUCAACUCGAUCAUCAAUACCGCUAUCCUCAUGCUGAAUAUCACGUAUACAGUUCCCCAAGGGAUCCUGGCUUCCGGUAGACGCGAUAGGCUUCCUGCUCGAUAUUAUAAUUUGGGCCGGGUUCCGGGGUACGCAGUUAACUUCUUUUCGGUGGGAUGGUUGGUUGUCAGUGGGGUGUUCUUUUGCUUUCCGACGACGAGGACGCCAACGAUUGGGGAUAUGAAUUACAAUUCGAUUGUUAUUUGUGGGAUUUUUGCCAUUAUCUUGCUGUGUUGGUUGGAGCGACGGACGAAGUUCUCUGGUCCAACGAUUAACUGGGAGGCUCUGAACGCUGCGCAGGCUGUGCAUGGUUGA